AUGAAGUUCGAACAACCAAGCCGUCUGGCCCGGUGUCCGGCACGCCGCUCCUGCAGCAGCCCCGAAGCUCUAACCCGGCUAGUUCCUCGGUCUUUAAAACCAGCGCCGCGUGAUUCCGGAUAUGGCUCUGAAGUCAAUCUUACACCAUCGACUUGCAGCGAACAGCUGGCUACGGUAUCACGGCCUUCCCUCAUCUCGGUUAGCUUGUCAGACUUAUACGAUGGCUCCGGGUCGCUUAACAGCGACGACCACGAUGACUUGGACUUUUCCGAGGAUGACAAUGAGGAAAUUGACACAUUCUCAGAUCUGGAGCCUCCUGAGGUGCCAAAGCCACCCCCGUUCAAGAAGUCUGCAACCUUGCCUCGGGCCUCAACACGCGCUCGUACCCGCCCGGCUCUUCUAGGCACAUUUUCAAUGGAUCAAGCUGCACUAAAGUUCAGUCGCAGCUCUAACACUACUGUCACUCGAGCCUCACAGAGAGCCUCUCCCCGACACGCUGAUCGCUUCGUACCCAGCAGAGACCAGUCUACUCCUACAUCUGAGAAGUUCAAAACGACCAAAAGUCUUCUACAACUGUCGCCGACCGAGAAACUGCUCCGCCACGAGCGCGCCACCCCUGAUGCAUUUUGCUUCAUCCCUCGUCGUACCGCUCCUAUGGCGCAUGAAUUCCGCUCCAUCUCUGGGUCUGGAACUAGAGCGGCAGCUAGAACAGGCGCUAGAACUGUCUUGGGCUCUAUUACACCAGCUAGCAGCGAUUUCAAUGUCCAGAACAAUCGUCAAGUCAGCCAAGGCUCUGUCUGGACGGUUAGUGGCACCGCCCCGGAUUUCCCGACUGGCGCCGCCAGCCUUGCCAUUGACGAUGGCCGGGGUCAUCUCGCCCAGAGCGGGACGACUGCCCGCUUGUUCACCACUACAUUUUCAACAAUCAGGCCCAAACCGGAGGAUGAGCUUGAAAAGCAUGAAGGAAGGCUGGCUGCUGCUCUAGAUAUUGACCGCGCCCUGCGUGUACUCGAUUUCGAAUCGCUAAACAGGCCAACUGUCUCCAGACGCCACACGGCAGCAGUUAAGGGCAGGUCCUUGCAAAACAAGACAUAUUGGAAUGGAAGUCAGUGGAUAAAUAAUGCAAAGCCUCCCAGCUCAACGUUAGUUGAUCACAGCACCAGGAUAUUGCCUGUCUCACCCUUCAAAGUUCUUGAUGCCCCUCGCCUUCGUGAUGACUUCUAUUGCUCGGUUCUGGCCUACUCUUAUAAUGCCCAUACUCUCGCCGUGGGAUUGGGCGGCUUUCUUUACAGCUGGUCAGAGGAAACUGGUGUUCGCCUCCUGGACGAUGGGCCCCGUGAUGCGAGUUGGGUCACAUCAAUCGCAUUCUCAUCGACCAACGGAGGGAAAGAUAUUUUGGCAUAUGGAAGAUCCAACAAAGUCCUUUCCCUCAUAUCUCUUCGCGAAGGCAAGCCCCGUAUUCAACUACCUAGGCCAAACCCCAACAAUCCUGGUGUUCAGGUCGAUACGGAGGACCUCCUUGUUGGAGAUGAAGCCGGCAAUAUUUACUACUACAUUGUGGAAUGGCCGGCAGACUGGGAGGUAGCAAGAGAUAACUGGAAGGGAGAGGCCCGGUGGGUGCAUAUGAUCAGCGUCCAUCUGCAGCAGAUAUGUGGACUUUCUUGGUCUAUAUCGGGCAGCAUGUUUGCCUCAGGUGGCAAUGACAACAUGUGCUGUUUAUUCGACACUGAGAAGGUGCUCGACUCGGCACCCGACCCCAUGAUUCUGGGUAGAGAAGGCAAGAUGUUGGACGUCACCGACCCGAGCUUCAACCCUGAAGAUCUCGAGCUCCCUGACGACUCCGACGACGAGGAAGGCGACUUCCCGGUACGCCACCCGUUGAUUGCCAAUCGCUUAAAGCUAGGCUCAGCCAAACAGCGCUGGGCCCACGGUGCCGCCGUCAAGGCCAUUGCAUUUUGCCCGUGGCAAGAGGGUCUUGUGGCCACGGGAGGUGGCUCAAACGACAAGUGCAUACACUUUUUCCACACUACGUCGGGCGCAGCGCUGGCCACAAUUGCAGUGGCUUCUCAAGUCACUGGUCUGAUUUGGAGCACAACACGGCGAGAGAUCGCAGCUACCUUUGGCUACGCUCAGCCCGAACAUCCCUUUCGCAUCGCCAUUUUCUCUUGGCCUUCUUGCAAGCAGGUUGCUGCAAUUCCAUGGGAAGGGGAACAUCGAGCUUUGUAUGCGAUUCCAUACCCAAGGGAACCGCUUUCAAACCCCUCAUCCGGAAAAGGUCGUGGAACGACAAGGCCACCAGUCUCCAGUGAGGACGGUCUCAAUGGAGGGAAAGACGGAUGCAUAGUCGUCGCAGCCAGCGAUGAGAGUGUGAAGUUCUAUGAAGUAUGGCCAGCCGAUAAACGACCCACUACUGGAGGAGUCGGCAUGCUUGGGGGCAGUGAUAUCCUCGAGUCGCUUGAAGGCAUCACGAAAGAGGGUGAUGUUAUCCGUUGAGAAGGUUUCUUGAGAAAAGGGCCAAGGCAAUCAUCCGGGGAUAUCCACACUGUUUUUUAAAUGUGCAUUACUCAUGAAGAAAGGCUUUUCUGUAAUGGGCAGCGGCCUUGGACAGAUGGGAGCUAUCGACGCAGUUGACGGCCUUUCCGAGUUUGCAUGGGAUUGGAUUGCACAAUCAUGGCUUUAUAUUAUUGGCUUGUUUCCUGUGCUCGUUCUCGAAACAAAUUAACGAACGAGAGAAUCGAACACGAUAAACUUGGUCAUUUUCUAACGCGCGCUUGAC